GUCCUACAACGCCUGGCUCACAGGAGUUUUUUAUCACAUAUACUUACUAGCGGUUGGAAAUUUUUGUGCUCUCUUCAACUCGCAACAUAAUUUCUGUAACAACUACACGCAGUUACAGGAGUUUCUCUUUCUGUUUGAUAUUCGCGCAUUAUAGCUAAUCUGUUUGUCUGUCGCUUGAAUUACGUAGCUUACCCAGAAAAAAAAAUGUUGCUGGACAACGUAAGCUUCGGACCGAAUGUCGUGGAGACCGACACCGAGCUUCGAGCCAAGUACUUACAACAACUACUACCUUACUCGAUUAGUACAGAGUAUGAGUACACGAGGACAAGUACAGAAAUAAGAUGAUUACGUUGGUGCUUAGGCAGAUUGCCGAAUUAUAGAUUCGCAUCAUCAUGCUGGUGCUCACAUCAUUACUCCAAAACCAAACACCACCUCCAAGAACAAUCGUAGAACUGGGUUGCGCUUGGGAAACGGUAGUGAGAAGAUCUUCUCUUCUUACCCAAAAAUCACUUCCAGGUACACUUACGAUUCCACGGAAAUCGUCGCCACAACGACCACUGAUGGAGAAACCAAAUACUCCGUCUUACCCAAGCAGGAUAAGUUUAAGGCUUGAGGAAAUACAUCUUCAUGAUCCCAGAGUCAUCUUUGUCCCGUUUCUAAAGGGAAACGGCAACGGGUACCUCCGAGAUGCUUCCCCAACAUCCUGCCGAGAUGAUGCUUCCCCAUCUUCCUGCAAGUUCUAAGAAGUACGAAUUUGUGACGGAUAAACGAGUUCCGAAGAUGGGUGUCAUGCUUGUCGGAUGGGGAGGCAACAAUGGUUCCACAGUAACCGCAGGCAUUAUCGCAAAUAAGAAAGGGAUCACUUGGAGAACGAAGACAGGAGUGCAGAAACCCAACUACUACGGAUCGCUUACUCAAGCGUAAUACUACAUACAGUUACAGGAGUAGUCGUCAUUUUGAUGCUGCACUGAUGCAAGUCCAAAAAUAUCAAAUGAUACAUUUUUCUGAAUCUCUCCAAAGCGUUCUUACAUCCUGACUAGGAUGAAAAUUAAGUACUUCAUCUACCCCUUCAACAUGAUCAUGAUCCCGUUCUCGUUGCUGAUUACGACUAUUCAUGAUCAGUAACUGUUACCAGAAGCUAAAUCUAAAAACAGGUCAACAAUUCGUGUCGGAAACUUCGAGAGCGAAGAGUGCUAUGUGCCUUUUAACAAGCUGUUGCCGAUGGUUCACCCUAACGAUCUAGUGUUGGGCGGCUGGGAUAUUUCUGGGUAUCAAAUUUACGAAUGUCACCAGUCCUUUGUCCGAGUAAGUAAAAGGGUAUCAAAUUUACGAAAGUACUACUUUGUCCGAAUGUCACCAGUCCUUUCUUGUCCGUGGUCAACAACUCCAUUCAGUCACACUCUGCAAUGAAUGAGCUUGUUGAAUUGUAAGUUAGUACACCUCAAAUUAAUAGGAUCAUAAGGAUUGAAAGUAUACAACCUGACCAGGUUAAGCCUCGACCGAGCCAUGGAGCGCGCUGGUGUGCUUGACGUGGACCUGCAGAACAAGGUAGCUCCUUACAUGUCUGAAUUGAAGCCACUUCCAGCAAUUUUCGAUCCCUCCUUCGUUGCAGAGAACCAGCAAGCUCGAGCCACCAACGUGAUGACUGCGAAAUCAAAAGAGGCACAAAUCUUAUGAAGAGCAAAGGAAGAUUCCUGAUCAUAAGUAGACUGAAUAGCCUAAGAAAACUUGAGAAGCCUAUCUAGUACUUCUAUAGUCGAUGCAGCACUUCUAGAAAGUGAAAGAAGUAAGUACAACUUAAUAAGUCUUGCUCUAAUCCCUGCCCAAAUUAGAGAGGACGUCCGAAAAUUCAAAGCUGAUAACGAUUUAGACACAGUUGUGGUCAUGUGGACAGCGAACACGGAGCGAUAUAGCGACGUGGGCCCUCACAACCAGACCCUGGACGCCCUUAUGGCAUCUGUUAGGGCAAAUCAUGCGGAAAUUUCUCCCUCCACUCUUUACGCCAUUGCCUGUAUCGAGGAAGGAGUGCCAUUCAUCAAUGGCUCGCCGCAGAACACAUUCGUGCCCGGUACAACUACGUGUGGAAGUUGAUCGUGGACUUGAUAUUAUAUUGGAGGGACAGCCCCUUGUUCUAUCAUUUCUAAAAGUUCAAGUUACAUACACAUACUUUAAAAGAAGAUCAUGACUCCCACUUUUACUCCAUGGUCAAAUGAUAGAAGCACAACAGGCGUCAUCGAGCUGGCGGAGAAACGAGGUAGCAUGAUCGGUGGUGAUGAUUUUAAAAGCGGUCAAACAAAGAUGAAAAGCGUCUUAACCGAUUUCCUAGUGUCUGCAGGAAUCAAGCCGCGAGCAAUCGUCAGCUACAAUCAUCUUUAAGACGCGUGAUAUUAAUUUUGGGCUUGUAUCAUGAUGUUCGUAGAUACUUUUUAACAAAGUGAUGAAGUCAUGGUUACUAAUUACAACGUCGUCCGGACUAUCCCGCUCUAAUCUUUCGGGAAUAACGACGGCAUGAAUCUGAGCAACCCCCUCUGCUUCAAGAGCAAAGAGAUAUCGAAAUCCGAUGUGGUGAACGACAUGAUCCACAGCAACGAGCUUUUGUAUGACUUGAAAAGAGGCAAGAAGACGGGAGCUGCAGUGCUGUCCUCAUCCAGAAGUCCUCCACUUCACGAGAAAAGUUCAAAAACAACGACUAAAGUAGAAGAAGAGGACAACUACAAGAAUAGGACUCCAGCUACUCGUUCAAGUUCGCGGGAAAGCACACCAGUUAUUCCGAAAACAACAUCUUCAGGCAAUAGCACAAGUGUUCUUGUUUCGCCAGUCACAACAACUUCGGAAGAAGUUGACGACGAAGUAGACUCGGAACCUGAGCAUCCAGACCAUUGUUAAGGCUGUAGCUACUUAAUUCAUCUCCUUGCCUGCAUCCUUGAAACGUACUAUGGGGGAGUAGGAGUACCUUCACAAGGGAACGCAAGAAUACUCUGCCAUAAAUAUUUUUCAAGGAUGCACCAGCUGAAAGAUGAAUUGCGGAGAGCUCUAACGCUGUGUCGUGAUAAAGUACAUUCCGUAUGUCGGAGACUCAAAACGAGCGAUGGACGAGUACUCUUCCGAAAUUUUCCUCGGUGGCGUGAACACGAUCGUCAUGCACAAUACAUGUACUAAUACCACCACCUACACUCAUUAUGAUGAAGCUCGAACUAAUAUUUGAUCUAGCUGUACUGGGACCACUGUAGGUAGUAAUUAUAGCAGGUCAUAAUGUAAUAUCACUGUUCCCAUUAUAUUGCGCUGUGUUUGAGCUUAGUAUUAAACAAAAUCACAUUUUUCACUGCUACGACUACGUAAUCCAUCAAAAACGUUUCUUUCAAAGGUGAGGAUUCUCUAUUGGCUGCACCGCUGAUAUUGGACUUGGUUCUACUGGCCGAGAUGACCAGUCGCAUACGUAUUAAGCGGGAAGGGCAAGACAAGGAGCCGCAGCCUCUGCAUCCAGUGAAUGUGCUGCUGAGCUACCUGACUAAAGUUAUGCCAAUUGGAUUGCUUGAAAAUUAGAAUUUUUUGUAGUAUUUCGUCAUGCUACGUAAACGAAGUGGUCGUGCACUACGCAGCAACUCCACCUAGUACAGUUGAAUGCGAUUUUGACAUCAACUAAUCAAAUAUCUUAUACCCCGUGAGUCUGAGUGGGUACAUCUAUCUAUCUAUCUAACUCCACGAACACAUAAAGAUAAAAGCUCCUCCAUCUCUUUCUCUAAUCUGCCACCUCUCGUCCCGAAGAAGCAUCCUUGCAUCAACGCGCUCGCGAAGCAACGUGCCAUGUUGGAGAACGUGUUUAAGGCCUGCGUCGGAUUGCCUCCAGACAACAACAUGUGGUUGGAGUCCAAGUUCGCCUAA